AUGAAGGUCGCAGCCAUCCUCUUGUCGCUCCUUACCGUCGCCUCUGCUGUAUCUUCACGCUCUCUUUUUGGAGGGCAGAAUGCCCUCGUAGACGAGGAGCCCAAGUUCAAGGUGCCAGGCAAGAAUCCUCUAUAUUUCUGCGCCGAUCCCAAGGAGCAUAUCCUCACUGUCGACUAUGUUGAUCUGACACCCAAUCCACCUCUCCCAGGCCAAAAAUUAAUGAUCACCGCAAAUGGAACCUUUUCAAAGGAUGUCGACCCGGGUGCUACUGUCUUCCUCCAAGUCAAAUAUGGGCUCAUCACCUUGAUCAAGCAAGAGGCAGACCUCUGUGAUAACCUGCCCAAGAUUGAUAUUACUUGUCCUCUCAAGGAGGGUGUCAUGUCUCUGAAGAAGGAAGUUGAUAUCCCAAAGCAAGUGCCUCCUGGGAAGUACACUGUUCUUGCCGAUGUCAACACGGUUGACAAGGAGAAGAUCUCAUGCAUGGAGAGCACUGUCUUCUUCAACAGACCCUAG